AUGGCUAGCAAUACCCGCCGGCGCAUCACGCUGGCGGACCCUGAGCCUCCAGCUGAUGAACGACGCCCGUUGCUGAGUAGGCUCAGUACAGGCGUUCCUAGCGACCGCGAGGCUCUGUAUAGCUGCAUGACAGAUCCUCACAGCCAUUUACCCGUGUAUACAAACAUUCAUCGUAUUCGUCGCGAUAUCAUCAGUGUUGUUGAGGACUACUUGAGCCUCGCCCAGCUGCAGGAUCUGAGAAUUAAUGUUACAGUUGUGCGGCCUUUGGUUGAUAAGUUCUACGGCCUCAAUGACAUUUCCAUUAUUUACUGCUUGCUGGUCAAUCGUGCACAGUUUCUCGAUGAGCAAUCUCAUCUGAACAACCGGCACAACGUGAACUUCACUCGUGCUACGCUAUGCGAGCUCAUUGCUACGCGCAUUCUGCGUCGCUUCGGGGAAGUACACGACGAUGGUCACGAUGGCCUUCUCUUGCUGGCUCAUAUUCUCGUUGCAGGCUUCGAGCCCUUCCAGAAUGCCCCAGACGAGAUUCGAGAAGAGGCAGAGCGUACCACCACCUGGGUUGACUACAAGACGCUGCCAGCUUUGGAGGUUGCCAUUGUUACUGAGAGCAAGCAUUUCUUGAGCUCUGCGACUUGCGAAAAGGUCGUUAACGCCAUCUACGAGGGUCGAAUUGUCUAUACUCCCUCAACAUUCUGGGAUAUCAUUCCUGAUCAUUAUAAGCUGAAACCCAUCUCUAUCUAUGACCCUCGCGAUUCACCUCUCCUCAACCAGUACCGUCUUAUUGUCCCCCGAACUCGAAACAUCCUGGAGUCCAUCCAAUUUGCUAUACUGCUCACCCUCUAUGUGGCGGUCAUGGUUCUUAGAAGGAAGAACCGCUACGGGCCGACUGAGGCUGCCUUUUCCAUCUUUGCUUUCGGAUGGGGUCUGGAUCAAUUUGCUACUAUCCUGGCACAUGGAUGGAACGUGUAUACUCAGAACCUGUGGUCGUUCCUUGAUGUGGCAUUCGUCUUGAUCUACUGGGUAUAUCUCAGUCUGCGGUUCAUGGGCUGGAAACUCGGCGAUGCAAACCUGGACGAGCAGGCAUUUGAUGUGCUUGCGCUAGCAGCUCCUGUCUUGGUUCCGCGCCUUGCGUUCAAUCUGCUCCGAGACAACCUAGUGUUCUUGUCGCUAAGGUCAAUGAUGGCAGACUUUUUCUUCCUCACUGCUCUAUCUGCCUGGUGCUUCUUAGGCUUCCUGCUAUCACUCCUCUGGCUUGGCGAGGGUGCCCACCCUAUCUUAACAAUAUCAAAGUGGAUGAUAUACAUUUGGUUUGGCUUAGAUGGUACAGGUAUCCAUCGAUCGACUGAGUUUCACUGGCUGCUAGGACCUAGUGUGAUGGUUACCUUUGCAUUCCUCGGAAAUACCCUCUUCCUUACCAUUCUGGUCUCUAUGCUUUCCAAUACCUUCAGUAACAUAUCCACAAACGCUAUAUCAGAGAUUAGCUUCCGUCGAGCAGUACUUACGCUAGAAGGUGUCAAAGCCGACGCUGUGUUCGCGUAUCAACCUCCUUUCAACAUCCUCGCGGUCUUUUUAUUCAUCCCGCUCAAGUUUGUCGUGAGCCCACGUUGGUUCCACAAGAUUCACGUCACGGCAGUCAAGAUCCUGAAUCUUCCCCUCUUGCUCAUUAUUGCUGUUGCUGAGCGCCGCCUGCUCUGGCCUUCUCAUACAAUCGAGGAUCCGACCGAGAUCAAAGCACCACCACCAACAAAGAGCCAAUUUUGGAAGAAGUGGCGGUUGACGGUUCACCGAGACCUUCGCGCUGUGUUCCAAGUCCCACCGCCUGACACCGUGCACGACGACAUUGCGGUCGACGACGACCUCACGCAUCAUCUCAUCCGAAGGCAGUUCACGCGUGGCGGCACAAACGAGAUAGAGCCUCGUAGUACGACAGUUCAGGCCCGGCCUGAUCCUGGAGACCGACGUCCAUCGCGAAGGGACUCUAUGUUUCCUGGAAUUCCACCGCAGAAGCUGCGAGGGUCGUUUUCCGAUAAUGACAUGUAUGAAGGAAGCUCAGAUAGACUGGCCGAAAUGGAGAAAGCGAUACGACGUAUGGAAACUAUGUUGUCGCGCUUGGUGCCGUCUGUAGAGGACGCUAUCAGUGACAGCGAGCUGGAGGAGAGUGGGACAUUGAGGGACAAUACUGCCGAGUCUUCAUUCAGGGGGGCAACCGAUUAA